GCGCCCGGCGGCGGGAGCGCGCUCGGCGGCGGGCGCUGCGAUCCCGCCGGGGCACGGCCAUGGAGCCCUCGCCCAAAGACGGCGAGAGCGCGGCGGCGGCGGAGCCCAGCCGGGGCUCGGCCCCUUCCAGCGGCGUGGUGGUGCAGGUCCGGGAGAAGAAGGGCCCCCUGCGCGCCGCCAUCCCCUACAUGCCCUUCCCCGUGGCCGUCAUCUGCCUCUUCCUCAACACCUUCGUGCCGGGGCUGGGCACGUUCGUGUCGGCGUUCACGGUGCUCUGCGGGGCGCGCACCGACCUCCCCGACCGGCACAUGUGCUGCGUCUUCUGGCUCAACAUCGCCGCCGCCCUCAUCCAGAUCCUCACGGCCAUCGUCAUGGUGGGCUGGAUCAUGAGCAUAUUCUGGGGCAUGGACAUGGUCAUCCUGGCAAGCUACAAGGAGCAGGGGAUCCCACAGCAGCUGUAGUGGCUGGGACAAGUGUGGUCAGAGAAACACGGCGAGAGAUUUCCUUUGGCAGCCGUGGGCCACGGACCUUCUCAUUACCCUUUGUCUCUCUUCUUGUCCCCUUUGUUUUGUCUCCUUGCCCGGUGGCCCUGCCCGUCCAGCGGAGCGCAGAUGCAGAGCAGCCGGCGCAGACCUGCACUGACGGCCCUGAGCAGCGGAGAUGAGGCAAGCACGGCUUGGCUUAGGACUGGUCCCAGCCAGCGCCUGGUGGGCGGCCCAGGAGGAAGAUGAGGGUGCCAGGACAAGGAAACACCCUCGGCAAAGGUGGCACCUGGGCAGGCAGCUGAACCAAGGGAGGGGGAGAUGCUGCUUUCCCUCUGCUCCCAGGGGAGGUUGCUGAAGAUGUUUUGCCUCCUUUUCAUGCUUGCUUUUAAAGGAUGCUGGCUGUGAACAUCAAAUGCCAAGGAGCUGUUCAUAGAUAUAUGUACAGGAUGUAAAAGCAAACCACUGGUACUUUCUUCCUGCCCUGAGAUUCCAUCUGUGACUGCUUUGCAACAGUGGAGGGUCCAACCCAGCCCCCUCUGCUGUCUGUGUAUAUAUGAUGUUCACUGAAGCUCUGUCCCCAGAGAUGUCCUGAGAAACGUGCUUGCUGUAAAUCGUAUUGUACCGCUGAAACGACUGGGGCCACCCCCUGCUUCCAUCUGCUGCCACCAUGCAAAGACCAGAGCUCCCACCAGCCCAGGGGACACUUUUCCUAGCACAGGACUGGUGUCCUGCAGCAUCUCAUCUCUAGGGCAGCAAACACAGCCUCUUCUAUAAAACAAUACCAGUCAAAGAUCAAGACUGUUCCUGCCCCUGAAAAGGACUUGCUGGCAGUGUCUCCAUGCUUUGGAAACAGGUCCCCUUAGGGUGUGAGGGUGCUCCUGGCUGAAGCAGCAUCCCAGCUUCACUUCCCAGGGGUAAAGUUAACCACCCAGCGCUCUUGCACCUCUUUCUGAAGCAUUGCAGAGGGGACACCACCUCCACCUCCGGGGCUGGAUGACCCUCCCUCCCUCCCUGGGAGCUGUGCCAUGCCCAGCUUCAAACCAGCCCAGCCUCCUCACAGCACAGCCAGAGGGCACAGCCCCGGCUCCUCCUCUGGUCCAGCGUGCACAGCCCCCAGCUACCCCAGCACCAUCACCUGCUUUGUAAAUGUAGAUGUUUGACAUGCGAGUUUUACAGCUACAGUGAUCAUGGCUAACGAAGAAUAAACGAAGUUGCUUCACCCCCGUCUGCCAGCAACACAGAAUUUUCUGCUGCUCCUCUCUGAUUGUGAAAACCAGGUUUCUCAAAACGAAAAACAAAACCAACCAAACAAAAACAAAACAAAAAAAGAAAGGGCUUCAAUGAAAUAGUUUCUUGGUACUUGAACCCAGCUGGGCUAAGCAACUGAUUUGCUACUCAUUGGAAAGCAAUUCCAUGCAGGAACCAACCCAAAUGUGCAGCCAGUCAAAAGCCAGCUUCAUUCUGGGUCAGCCCAACCAUUGCAAUGCAGGGCACAGCACCAUUUUUCCAAGUUCAUGGUGUUGCCAAAUCCGUAUUUACCACGGGAAAGGUUCUUUGGCGGGUGACCCCCACCCUCCAGCCCUUUGCCUGGCUGGCCAUGCUUGCUGCAGGGGCUCAGCAUCGCUCUGAGCCGUGCAAUCACAGCUGGGAAGGUCACAGAAGGUCACAGAAGGUCACAGAAAGAGGGUCAGUGGGGCUUUGUGCUGGGAGCAGCUCUGCACAUGCAGCCAUGGGGUCAGGGGUAUUGCACUGACUGACACACAUUUUAUUAAAGACCUUCCAGCUCUGCUGGAGAGUGCCCCUUAAGUCUUGCUGUGAGUGUUGUGUUCAGCUCUGGGGACAGGAAGCUGAAGCUCACAGUCCCAGUAUUCUCCAGAAUAUUUUAUUCCUUGCCUGCUGCUUAUUCUGGGAUGGCCCUGCAGCUCACACACGUGCACACACUCCAGCCAGGGUGCAUUUCAUUGCUACCCAGACCAAACUGCAUCCACUGCAAGACACCACCACGAGUUCCUUGACAUCUAAACACCAGGUACAAGGAGACCCUGGCCCUGUAUUUUCCAGCUGACUUUGCCUCAUGCUCACACACAUGAUGCACUUUGAAGCAGUGCUGCAGUUUAUUUCCCAAACUGGCAGUCAGCAUUCCCACCCUCCUGUGGGAGCAUCAUGGUGCAAAACUCCAGGUCACAGUGGCACCAUCUGAGCCAGGGUUAGUUACAGUGAAUCCCACCAGAGCUCAUGCUACCCACAACCCAUCCCUCCUCCUCUGGUCAUCUGUAUAAAUAACUAAGCCAAGCAAAAAGUCAAGUCCUACUUCUCUUGCACCCACCCAACCAGCAAGAGGGAAGAAACAAUGCCCUGUCCCCACUGCUGGAAUGGUGCAGUGGGAAGCGAGGGCUUUGUUCUGGCUCUAAAAAUGACAAAAGCCAGAGCAGCUCAAUCCAUCUUCCAGCUCUGAGAAUGCUUUCAACAGGCAGCUGAAAGGGAAUGGCAUGUUUUGGUUUGGGAUCAAAACAGGGGCUCUCCUCUACCAGCAGUGCCUGGAGGUGAUGCAGUGCUCCCCCAGACACCCAGCAAGUGAUCCCACCCUGCCCCACACCCUCCUUCACCCUCCCACACCAACACAGGCACUGUUCCCGAGGCUGGGAAGGGGAUUGCUGGCUCAGUCUGUGUUCUCCUUGGUUUUGGCCAUGCAUGGGCACAUCAGAUUGUCCACCCCAGGAGGGAGAGAGCAGGGGCCUGCCCACCUGUGCCAUUUGCACCUUGCUGGUGAGCCCACAUUUCAUUUUUGUACUGGAGCCCAAACUGAGGGGUUGCAGAGGACCAUUUGUAUGCCUAUUUAUAUCACCGAGUAUUGGAUUGUGACUUCUUGUGUUUUGAUACUGUGGAUAUUUUUUUUUAAAGUUAAAUAUAUUCUAUUGCUGGACAGCUGGAACGAAAUGCAGAGUCUCUUUAUGUCACCUGGAGAAACUCCAUCAUCCCUGAUUCCAAAUGGGUUCUUGUUCUCCCACCAGCAAGGUGAGCAUCCAGCAGACACCAGCCUGCACCCCCACCCCCUGGGGAGAGGAGGCAGGGGCCAGGGCAUGGCUUCCUUAAGGAAUUCAUGACCAGAACCUUCCAAAAGAGCAGAAAGCUGGAGAGGAGCCUCACCUGAACCUCUGGAAUGGAGACAAGGGAGGGGGAAAGCCACCCAGUGCUCCCCUGUGCACAUACCUACCAGCAAUCCUUCUUGACUGGGUUUUGUUGGCAAUUUUAAUACGACUCCAGGCACAUCAUUCCCACUCCCUGUGAAAGAACAGCCCACGUGCUGUCAGGGGCUUGGCCACAGCACCUGAACAGAGCUGCAGGUGGCAGAGCCUCCCAUGAAGGGCAGCUCUGCUGCAAGGGCCAGCAGCCUGUCAGAACUCAUUUCAGCCUUCCACACUCCUGUGAUGUACAGUGCCACAAAAUGCCACCACUCUGCUGCCUCCCCAAAGCCACUGUGGGAUGGGAAAUACAUGGGAGAUCCCAGCUGGAUCAGGGGGCCAAACUCAGAGUUGGUGCAAGACCAGCAAGAAGGGUCUUCUCACACCCCAUGGCUUUGAGGGGUCUGGGAGUGGGGCAGAAGCUCCUUUCACUUGCUCUGUGUUUCUACUCAGGCUUCAGCCUCAGCAGGGGAAGCACUUUGGGAUGAAAACUCAUAUAUAGUAGUAUGAUGCUGUUAAUACAGCCAUGCAGACACACCAGCACGUGGCAAACCCACAAGAGAGAUCUGGAAUAAUUAUCUUAAAGAGAUUUCUUUAACACCCUGCUAAUGGAACCAUUUCAGAAGGGGAAGAGGAAAAUUAGCAAUAAACCACAUGAAAGCAAAGUAAAAAAACUGGAGCUUGGUGAAGACAGACGAGACACAGGGAAAACCUCCAUGCCCCAUUUCUGGGCACUCCUCUCUCCACACUGUGGCCCUAGGGGAGGUCCACAGCCACCACACACCUCACCCUGACUUCAGGGGUGAGCUGGCUGACCCCCAACACAAGAGCAGAGCCAACCAGGUGCCCUCAGAGCACAGCCCAGCAGUUGUGGGUCCAAGGAAACUCCCUUCCCAGCAACUGAUGCCUGGAAAGGCUGACCUGGAACAGAGACUAGGCAGAGCAAAAGGAAUAAAAUAAGUAUUUAUUAAAGGAUACACUUUGGGCAGUGCAAGAGCCUGGCUGGGGCUACACUCAAACCAAAUCCAAGAUGCAUCCUGAUAAUGAGUUUUCACACUUUUAUAAGUUUUGAUUGAUCUACAUAUCGGGGUCAAUUGUCCAACCACAGCCCCAGGCUAUGAAGUCUCAGCUCCUGGCUUGCCCCCUUCCCUUCAGUAUUGUUUCUGCUUUUUUGGGUAACAGAGUCCUUGAUUCCCUGGGAAGGGAUUGCUCUGUCCAACUAUCCUGGAAGAGAACUUACUAACUCCUAACAUGAAGUUUCAGAGUUACACAUUAGGCUAAAACCCAAGGCAUCACAGCCACCACACAAGAGGGACAAUUCCCUCCCUCUCCACUUGCAGCCUCCCCAAACAAACUCACCUCCUUACAGCUGCCACACUCCUCUGGGACACAUGCAGCCCUGCAGCCUCUUGCUGGGAGCCCCACAGGGCUGCAGCCACAGCACCAGCACCACCCCAGGGUGAUGGGAGCAGCUGUGCCUUCCUGCAUGACCCAGAGCAGUCAGUGUACCCAGGUGUGCUUUGCCUCAGCCAUCCACGAGAGCCUGGGCUGCUGUAGCACUGGUGGGGCACAAGCAGCUUGUGCAGGAGGGCUGGGGUCACUCGUGGCUUGCAGCUCACCCCAAAAAGGAGCCAGGGUUUGCCCACUAGCAGCUCUCACUGCUGGCCAUGCAGAGACAUGGAAAUACACCUAUUGGAUCAUUUAGAGAUACACAGUUAGAAAAGCAUCAUUUCAACUGUAUUCUGUUCAAAUUAGCCUGAGCAACCAUUAAAAAUAAAAUGUCCAUGCACAGGAGGGUUAUUACUGGGUAAUGCAAGUACUGUCUCUAAAUCUCAAAGUCAUGCAGUCCAAAUACAAGCUCAGAACCACACACAGCUAUGAGAAGCUAGCACCUGUCCUAGGAGGUAAUAUUACAAUUAGAGGCUAUUUCAGAGCUUGUUUCCACAGGAAAACUGCAGCCCUGUGGAAGAGGAUGUGAGCUGCAGACUGGCAGGAGUGUAUGCUUAGUCUAGAGCACAUCAAGCACUGUGCUGCCAGAAAUGUGAAGGGAGGUCAUGGGUUUUUAAGGGAUAGGUCUUGGUUCCAGGCCAGCCCCAUGAAUGCCAGAUUCCAGGCUUAAAUUCUGUUUAUUCAAAGUCCCAGAUGCUGCUGAGGGCAGGGCAGCACAGGGAUUGGGAGCCACUGUCCCUGCACAGACAAUGUGUGAGUGUCCUGGCAGGCUCAGAAUGCUGGAACCCGCCCUGCUGGAGCCUCUGUCACUGCCUGUCCCACCCUGGGCUCAGAGCAUGGGAUGGCACCACCCUGCCCUGGGGAUGCUCCCUGGGCAGCAGCACUGUGGGCUGUACCGUGCUGGCACACAAGCACUCAAGGGACAUCCCCUCUGACCCUUAAUGAUCCCCCUGCAAGCCACAGGGCCUGUGAGCCUUCCUGCAAAGCCAUUUCCCACGGGAAAAGCAGCUGGGCACGUUUGAAGUGCCUGCCUGGGGCUGAUGAAGGUGGGAGGAAGCACGAGGCACCCUGCAGAGCCCACCCACGGGUCCUGCCACCUCCCCUCCCUGUUCUGGAGGCAUAAAAGGAGAUGAAGCAAGAAUUUAGCACUAGAAAAAGAUACUACACUGCCAGUGGGAAACGUUUUCCAGCCACAGAUCCUUUAUAAUUGGGGAAACAUAUCUGUAGCACCUCUAUCUUGCUACUACAGACUCCUGCUGCUUUUUCUUCUCACAUUCCCUUCUCUGAGCCAGUGCUGCAAGAGAAGCAGUUCUCUGUGUGUGUGUGUCCCUGCAGAACUCCUGGGGUUCCUGCCAUGGAAAGCAGCAUGUAAACCAUCUUGCAGUGAAAGCCCCUUCUGACACAGAGGUCAGUCAGCAGAAAUUAAAGUAAUUGAUUUUAUUUCCUGGCUCUGGUCAGAUGUUUGAGUAAAUAAUUUUGUGCCUCUAUUUCUCUUCAUGCUCCUUUGUCCUGGUGGUUUUAAGUCUUAAAUUUCUGCAUUAGGGAAAGCGUGUUUGAACACCCUGGCACCAGGCAAUGUGGAGAGGGGGUGCUGGCCCCAGGUCUGACAUUUUUAAUACAAACAAAUGGUAGGAGGCACAAAGUCCCAACAAACAGAAAGCACCAGCCCCAGGCAGGCAGUGCAGCAGUGCCAGAAGUGGGAUGAGCUGCUGGGGUCCCAAAAUUUUCCAGUUUCCUCCAGAGCUGUCCCAAAUGAGAUUCACUCAGCAGUGUCAUCCAUGGGCUUUCUCUUCUAAGUGGCACCAGCAGCAGCUCUCCUGUGCUCCCUGGCUGCUCCAGGGGGGAAGCACAGUUUCAUCGUGCAGAAAAACAGGAACUGUCUAAGACAGGUCCCCUAAGCGACUUCACAAUAAAAAAGAACAAAAUUGUAUUUUUUUUAAGGGCAGAGAAGUGAACAAAACGCAGGCUCAAAUGAGAGUGUGAGUGGGAAAGCUGCUCCCCAGGGGACAGGGGCUGGGGCUGCCGGGGGCUCCAGCCCUGGAAUGGCACGGGGAGGAGAAACGUGUUACCCCCAGAACCACAGAGAGGAGAGGUGGGGAUGAAUCCUGCAUCCCUGCCCUGCUCGGGCUGGCUCCGGGAUGGACCCGCUAGAACGGCAGUUUAGUAAUUGUAAGGACCUCCCCAGCUCGUACUGGGAAAGCCAAAUCCCGUCAGUGCCGAGGGUGGAGGAAAAGCCCCAAA